UACAAUUUAUUUACACAAAAAUAGGGGUUCAAUGUGUACACCAUUUUUCAACAUAGUCUCCUCCCUUGGUAAUGCACUUGGUCUAGCCGUCCACAAGCUUGCGUAUUCCUUCCGAGAAGAAGAUUUUCGGUUGGUCGCAAAGCCACUUUUGCACCGCUUCCUGCAGCCCAGAUCUUGCUCCCUCCGACUUUCAUCUGUUUGGGCCGCUCAAGGAUGCUUUGCGAGGUCGCUAAUUUUCUACAGACGUAGACGUGCAGGAAGCGGUGCAAAAGUGGCUUUGCGACCAAUCGAAAAUCUUCUUCUUGGAAGGGAUACGCAAGCUUGUGGACCGCUGGACCAAGUGCAUUGCCAAGGUUUUCGAUUGGUCGCAAAGCCACUUUUGCACCGCUUCCUGCACGUCUACGUCUGUAGAAAAUUAGCGACCUCGCAAAGCAUCCUUGAGCGGCCCAAACAGAUGAAAGUCGGAGGGAGCAAGAUCUGAGCUGCAGGAAGCGGUGCAAAAGUGGCUUUGCGACCAACCGAAAAUCUUCUUCUC